UUGUAAACGCCAUGAUAGCGGACACUUCUGUUGUUUUCUGCUGUCACUUCUUCCGUCUGUGUCAUUGUUGUGCUACAAUAACUCACCGGUAGAGCACUGUGCUCGCCUGCGCUCCGUGCGUUCUGUCGUUGCAUGUCGGUCUAAUGUGAUUUAUUUGUUUACCCAUUUGACAGUUCCUGGAAAAUCGCCACGGUGAACAUAUCUUAACGCUUGUGCGAAAAAAAUCUAUAUUUCGAUGAUGCUGCGUGUGUAAACGAAAGUGCGAAAUCUCAACAUACGUACAACCAAUCACAUCAAGCUGAUAGGCAAACGUUCAGCGCACUUUUAAAAGUGCAGUGGGAGAAGCUCCACAUUUUGAAUAAAAUAAAUACAAAAUUCUUUGUUUCUAUGAACGCGCACAGGUUGAAAUUGGAUUGCAGUGCAUUUCCGGCAAACUCACAAGCCUUAAAAUAAAAUCAUUGAAAUAAAAUAUUAAAAUGUCAAAAGCGUUUCAAGUUCCAAAACUGUGGUAAAUAAACAGAAAAGUGUAUUUAAAGCGGUGAUGACUGUGCUAAGUGUAUAAAGGAAAAUAAUAAUAAUAUAAUACCCGCCUUUGUAUGCGUGUUUGUGGCAAUAUAUGUGUAACAUAGCAACAAACAAACAGUUAUUUGUAAAUAUAAUCAUAAAGUUACUUACAGAACAGUUUGAGGAGCCGAGUUAAAGAGUAAUUAAAACAAAAAUGUUGCUUUUAACUAAUUUAACUUUUACGUUUGGAUUAUUUAUGUUCUGCGGUGCGCUGGUGCAUUGUCACCUCAAUGUUUACCUCAAUCUGCACGAGGUGAUACGAUUAAUAGGUGUCUCGGCUGAGCUGUAUUACGUGCGCGAUGGUCAGGUCAACGAUUAUGCGCUUAAUUUUGCCGUUCCUGUGCCGGCAAACGUCAACGAGAUCUCCUUUACGUGGCAAAGUCUAACCCAUCAAGCGCUGCCAUACAGUGUCAACAUUAUUACAUCAGAGCCGUUCGUACUGCCACGGCCAAUGUUGAAUAUUUCACGCAUCGGUGAAAUUCCGCUGGAGCCACAAACAUUUGCUGUCAGUUUAAAAUGCUCUGGCACACGGGACGCUGAAGUUGAGGUCACCAUCGCCAUCGAAAUAAUACUGGACCGAAAGACGAAUAACAUAACAGAUUUGAUGUUCAAACGCAAAAAAAUUUGUCUUGCUGGCCCACAGGAAGACGGUCACCAUGCGAAUAUCGGUAGUGGUGUCGGCAAUUUGAACAAAUAUAUUAACCAACCGAUAGAGGGUAUUUUAGAAGAUGUAACUAGUGAUCAUGUGGCACGCGAAAACGAGGGGAUUAAGGUCGCUGAGGAUGGUAUAAAUCGACAUUCGACUAGUAGUGAUGAACAGCAUACGAUGGAUGAAAAUUUGUUAGGCGCUGGCCGUAUGAGCGGUCCAGGUACUAUUUUGCAUGAUUUCGAUCCCAUGUUAAAGGAGACACUUGCACCACCUGCCAGCGGUGUAACGACACUCAUAAUAGGCGGUAUACUGGCACUGAUACUGGUCGUUACACUAAUUGUUAUUGCUUACUGCGCUAAGGGACCAACGAAGCGUCAAAAUCACGGUGUGCACCUCAUUAAAACAUCAAGCUUUCAACGCUUACCUACAAUAUCAUCGACUGCCCACAAUUCCAUAUAUGUGUGUCCCUCAGUUAUCACACCCACUUAUGCAACCCUCACACGACCUUUCCGAGAGUACGAACAGGAACCGGAGGAGUUUAAUCGUCGUCUAAGUGAAUUGACUGUACAAAAGUGUCGUGUCCGACUAUCAAGUUUGGUGCAAGAGGGCACAUACGGUCGCAUCUAUAAGGGUACUUACAAUGACUGCCAAGAGGUACUGGUUAAAACUGUUCAACAUGCCAGUCAAAUCCAAGUGUCGCUUUUGCUGCAAGAAGGUAUGAUGCUAUACGAUGCGGCACAUCCCAAUGUACUCUCGGUCUUGGGCGUUACAAUCGAGGAUUUCACCACACCAUUUUUGCUCUAUCCAGCGGGAAACAAUACUCGAAAUUUAAAGCUGUUCUUACAGGAACCGGCAUUUGCGCGUAGUGUUACCACCAUCCAGACAGUGCUGAUGUCCUCGCAACUGGCAAUGGCCAUGGAACACUUACAUAAUCACGGUGUAAUACAUAAAGAUGUUGCGGCCCGGAACUGCGUUAUCGAUGACCAACUGCGAGUCAAACUUACCGAUAGUUCGCUGAGUCGUGAUCUAUUCUCAGCCGAUUAUAAUUGCUUAGGUGAUGGUGAAAAUCGGCCCAUUAAAUGGAUGUCCCUUGAGACCAUACAAAAGAAGCACUACAACGAGGGUAGCGAUGUGUGGUCCUUCGGCGUUCUAAUGUGGGAGAUGUGCACACUGGGUAAACUGCCUUACGCCGAGAUCGAUCCAUAUGAAAUGGAGCAUUACUUGAAGGAUGGCUACCGUCUAGCACAACCCUACAACUGUCCAGAUGAAUUAUUUACCAUUAUGGCCUACUGCUGGGCAGUAUUACCAACGGAACGUCCAUCAUUUAGCCAAAUGCAAAUAUGCCUUUCGGAGUUUCACACGCAAAUCACAAGAUAUGUCUAAAGUUCCGAAAUAACUUGGAAAAGGUAGACUUUAUAAUUUAAAGCUGUUGUACAUAAAUGAGAGAGUGUAGAGUUCUUCAGAUGAACACAUUACGACUUAAAGAACCCAAAGACAGAUAAUUAAGUGGAAAGUAGGUAUAUUCUUAUAUACAUACAUAUGCACAUUUAUGUAUAUAGAAACAGGGCAAUAUAUAAAGGAUGCUUUUUAGACAUAAGGGUGUGCCAUUAUGUUUUAAAAAUCAUUUCGGACAAGUGACCGCCGCUUUUUGCAGGAAUUCAUUCACAUACCGUCUUGUUGGAACGAAAGGUCGUCCACAUCAACAUCCUCCAAUUCAGGAAAGAAAAAGUAUUUAAUCAUGGCUCUAUAGCGUUUCCAAUUGACUAUAACACUAUGGUCGACUUCAUUUUUUAUAGAAAUAUGAACCAAUGAUUCCCUCUGCGCGUAGAACACACCAAACAGUGACUUUUGGAGGAUGCACCGGCGUCUCAAAAUGGUUUGUGGAUUAUCAUCACUCCAAAUGCAACAAUUUUGUUUAUUGACGUACCCAUUCAACCAAAAAUGAACUUCAUCGCUGAACAAAAAAUUGUUUGCGUCGCGCGAACCGUAAUGGUUCGGUUGGUAAUAAAUUUGGGCAAGUCUGUUCAUUAUGAAAUGGCAAAGCAAGCUGAGUAUAAAACAAGUAACAAUUGCCAAAAAGACGAACUCCGAGAAAAGUAUUGACUGAUUGAAAUCCACACGUCUGAAAAAACACCCGUUACCUAUACGGGGUGGCUCACGAAUCGUGCUACAAAAACAAACCGUAAUAACUUUUUUUUAAUGAAUGUGUAACAUUUAUUUUUUUUUACAUUGUACAGAAAAUUUUAUUUUAUAUUAACUAAUUAUUUUUAAAACUUAUGGACCUUCAUGUUUAGCCAUGCAUAUGCGACACCUAAUUAGAAAAUUAUUCAUUGCCGGCCUGUAGGGUUGAAGUUGGAUUGCCUCUAUUAUCGAUUUAAUGAAUUGCUUCAAUUCAAUCAGAUUUCUGGGUUUUGUUUUGUACACCUCUUGCUUGACAUAACUCCAUAAAAAAAGUCUGUUGCAGUCAGGUCAGGUGACCUUGGGGCCAGCGUAAAGUGGAGUUUCUUGAUAUUAAUUUGUUUUCAAAUUUUCGUUGGAGCUCCACAAUAACCGGUAUGCUAAUGAAAGGGAUACGUCUUCGGCUCAGUUCUGGGUAAAAAGACUAGUUUAACAUCUUUAAAUUACGAUGACCAUUGACAGUUACUGUUACACUAUUUUCUUCAAAGAGGUAUGGCCCGACAAUACACCUUGAUGAAACUGCACACCACACAAUGUCUUGUUCUGGGUGAAGUUCCGUCUCGUGGAUUAUUUCUGGAUUUGAUUCACUCCAUAUAUGGCAAUUUUGCUUGUCUACAUUUCCGUUUAGCUCAAAAUGGGCCUCAUCAGACAUAAACAGGCAAUUCAUCAAGUUAUUGUCUUCUUCGGCAAAUUCCAAUUUUUUUUGUCAAAUUCCAGGUGAAUAGGCAAAUUCAGAGGUUUCACCGGCUGGUUAUUUGAUCUUUGUACGGAAACAGGUUUAAGUCAUCAUGAAUUAUCCGUUGUAAUGAACGUCAGUUAACUCCAAGUUACGGCGAUAAGUGCGAGUCGAAGCUCUUGGAUUUGCCUGAAUUGACGAUGAAACAGCCGCGAUUGUUUCUUGAACACGAGCAUACCUAUCUCGAUGGUACGGUCUUCUUCGAUAAUGGUCCAUUUACUCGGGGGAGUGCCGCCAAAAUCCCUUCUGAAUUCCCUUUGGACGGAAAUGACGGACUGCAAAACAUAGCACUAUUAAAUAAUAACCAGCCAAAUAAAAAAAAAACAAGUCGAUUACACAGAAAAAAAGUUAUUACGGCUUGUUUUUCUACCACGAUUCGUGAGCUACCCUGUACAUAGGUGCAUAUGUAUUUAUGAGUGUGUAUAAAAAGUAGACGAUAGGCAAAGAGAAGAAAUAUUUUAAUAAUUUAUGUUUUAUUGAAAUUCGAAGAAAGUGAUUAAUAAAUAAAAAACAGAUUGUAUAAUAAAUGACUGGCAACUCAGAAGUGCCACAUAUGAGUUGAAACAGUAAGUAGAAUUGUUCCUCCCGAGAGCUGUAAUAAGCUUUAAACAAACAAAACUUAGACAAAAUGUUGAAUAUAUCACCCUUACAACUUAUUGUCCCCGAUGAUGGUGAGCCUUCAACAAACACUUAAUUUUAAGUAGUAUUUACCUAAUUAUUUAUGUAAGUACCAUAUUUAAGUACUUAUGUAGGGGUCCGUGUUUAAGCUUUGAUGUAAAUGUAAAAAUUAUUAGGUGAUGACAGUUUAAUACCACUAUGCUUAUAAUUCUUAAGUUCAUAAUUACAAUAGUAUAUGAAAUGAACGUACACACCCCCAACUGUAAUCAAUACGAGUAUGUAAGCUUACAGGUAUGUUAAGUUACUGUUCUCCCACCACUCAGGUCUAGCUCUUAUCCCGUGUAUUGCAUUCAUAAUUAUAAAAAAAUUUUAGCUUUUAUUUAUAUUGUCUUUUCCUAUAAUAAGCGAGUUUUCAACCUGUAAUUGCUAAAAUGAACAGAAACGAAAUAAACGUCCAAAAAUUGAAUAUUUUUAAAA